AAAAGAAAGAAAACGUGACUUUGUCCUAGGAGAAUUACAGUGCACGAUGGAGGCGGGGAGUUUGAGGAUGUGAGAGUGUCCGUGUGUGUGAUUGCACGGUACUUCGGUGAAAUCACAUGCUCUUCCUGGAGAGCUACAGGGACAGGAGAGGAGGGAAAGAGCCUCGGAGGGAGUACGCUCCAGCAACACGACAGCAGCUUCAGCUGACAGUGUUCCAUUGAGCGAAGACCAAAAUGGAUGUUUUCAUGAAAGGAUUGUCCAAAGCGAAGGAAGGAGUAGCUGCUGCAGCCGAGAAAACCAAGCAGGGUGUAGCAGAAGCGGCAGAGAAGACUAAAGAGGGAGUGCUAUACGUUGGUUCCAAAACCAAAGAAGGGGUUUCAAGUGUCGUGUCAGUGGCUGAGAAGACAAAGGAACAGGCUUCUUUGGUGGGCGGUGCUGUUAUCACUGGGGUCUCAGCUGUGGCUCAGAAGACAGUGGAUGGAGCUGGGAAUAUUGCAGCAGCCACUGGCCUGGUGAAAAAGGAAGACUUCCCAUCUGAAGAACUAAAGCCUGAAGAGGUUGGGGAAGAAGCUGUUGAAAUCAUGGGAGAAAAUACAAUGGAAUCAGAAGGUGAAGUUGAACCUGAAACUUAUGAAGAGGCUCAACAGGAGGAGUAUCAAGAAUACGAACCAGAGGCAUGAAGCACAACGUGACCAACAAGAUAAUAAAAGAAAUUCAUAUAAAAUGAUUAAUGUAAUUGUCUUCUACUGAUCCAAUAAUUCUUUAACUUUUGUUAUUUUGUUAUACGGUAUAAAAGAAUCUUUUGUUAGCCAUACUGGUGUUAUGCAAUUUUAUCUGCCAUGGCUCAUUACACUGAAUCGCUCCCACUGAAAUGAGACCUUGACUUUGUAGAGAUGGCAUUGUUUUCAAACUGUUUUGAUGUGUGAUUUUAUGUUUUGAAAAAGGACCAACGUUAUUGCAACUUCAGGUUUGAACUUCAAAUUAAAUAGCUGUCUAGCUGUAUAUCACUUGUAUGUGUUUCAUAUUGACUGACUUUUUAUACAUUGUAUAACUUCAAUGUUGUUGUAAUCAUCAAAUGGGAACUGAGUAAAAUGUUUAAUUGUCUGAAUUGUGGCAUAAAAAGUGUCCAAGUGAGCCCCAAAUGAAGCAGAUUGAACAGCGAUGUGUCGUGUUGCGAAGGAAUACCUGUACAUAAAGUGAUAGAACCAGUCUGUAUCAGUUUCUAGACAUUUACACGAAAACAAAGAAGCUGCUUUUGUUUACCUAACCAAUCACAUCUGAACUAAAUGAAUUGCUUAACAUUUGCUGCAAUGCUACUUAUUAAUAGUGGGAAUUAAUUGAUCCCACAAAUCAUCUUAAACUAAUGGUAAUUUCCUAGUGCAAAUUCCAUAUCUAAUUAGUAAAACUAAUUACUCAUCUAUCACCAAUAAGAUUUGGAGGGGGAGGUGUACUGAGAACAGCCUUUAGAAUUAAAUGCCACAACAGGAGAAUCAAUGUGCUGAGGGAAUUAUCCUAAUCAUGGAAUGGCCUUGGGUUCAUCCCAGACUUUUCUUACACUCUUAACAUAAACCAAGCUGUGAAAUUUACUUAAAUUAUUAUUGACUGAUAAAAAAAGUUUCUUUUUGUGUGUUAAUUUAUAGCCUCCACUGUAAUCUCACUGACAAAAAUGUGUGACCCUGCUGAAAUUGUACUUGUUUGAAGUAAGGAGGUCUCAGUCAAAUCGGUCUUCCAGGCUGAUUAUCGACCAUCCAUUUUAUUUUCUGCCUCUACCUCAAAUGUUUAGUAUGCUUGAACAUCAAUUUUGAACUACUCCUGCUCAGUUACCCUCAUGUUCGGCAGGCCAGGCGUCUGUAAAGAAUGUCUUGCUUUUGCUUACACAAUAUGGAAGCUAUCACACAGUUGGCUUGGCAUUCUAACAUUUUUUUAGCUGUAUAACCAAGGAUUUCAAAAGAAAAUUAUUUCCUGCUAUGCAGUAAUCAGCAUUACAACAUUAAUUAUUUUUACUAUAUAUGAUUCAUGCACUAGUACAUUAUCAAUUAAUGAUUUGCUAUCAAACAUCACUUUAUUGAUACCUGAGUUGGAGGAUGUUAUCUUAUGAGAAAAGUUUAGGCAUGCCAAGCCUAUAUUUGUUGGAGUUUCAGAGAACCAGAGAUGAAUUUAUUGAAGCAUAAGAAUCUGAGGGAAUUUGACAGAACGAUGUUGCAUCCUCUGUGGAAGAGACUAGAUUUAGGAGACAUAGUUAAAAAUUAGUGGCCUUGCACUUGAGACAAAGGUAAGGAACAAAAUAAAUGAAUUAACAGCAUACAUUCAGGUUAAUGGAUGUGAUCUUAUAGCAUUACAGUACAAGACUUGGUUACAAGGAGAUCAAGUUGGGAAGUAAAUAUUCAGGGUAUGUCACUUUUUGAAAGAACAGGCAGGAAGGUUGGUGGGGCAGCUUAUUAGUACAGAUUAGAAGAAGUAUCAUAACAGGAAAUAUGUUAGGAUUGGAAAAUGUAGAAUCCAAAUGGCUGGAGGUAACAAAAACAAGGGAAGGAAAUACUGGUAGGAGUUGACUAUGGGCCCUGCAGCAGUAGUUAUACAGUGGGACAGAGAAUAAAUAAGAAGAUACGGAGGAUAUGUAAAAAGUCAGUACAUUAACCGUGCGCAAUUUAAACUUCAUGUAGAUUUGGAAAGUCAGAUUUCAAAGGUUGCCUUGAGAAAGAAUUCAUGGUGUGUAUUCAGGACAGAUUCCUGGAACAAUGUGUUGUGAAUCCAACCAGGAAUUAGACUAUUUUGGAUCUGGUGAUGUCAAAUGAGGCAGAUUUAAUAAAUGCCAUCAGAAUAAAAGAUCUAAGAAACAGUGACCAUAACAUUGUAACAUUUAGGAAUCACUUUGAGAGGAAGAAACACAGGUUAGAAGCAACUGUGCUAAACUUAAAUAAGCAUAAUAAACAAAGGAAUGAGGCCAGAGCUAGUGAAAGUGGACUGGCAAAUGGGUGUUUGAGAAACAAUAGCAGAUGUUUAAGAACGUAAGGUCACAACAAAGAUAUAUCCCAGUCAGAAAGAAUUCUCAGAUGGGGAUAAGCCAACCAUGAUUAACCAGGGAAAUGUUCGAGCUUGUCUCCAAAUGGUUAUGUAUAAACAAUUUUGGGGAGUUGUAACAUUCUUAACUGAUAUUAUUGUGUGCAUAUCAAAACACAUUUUUAAGAUGAUUUUAAGCUAAUUCUCAGAAUUUACAGAGCUCAGAAAAUGAUUGUAAUUGAGAUCAGCCUUUCACAUUGCUGAAGAAUGAGAUCGAAGUGCUUGUACACAAUGGCACAAUAAACACACAAGCCCAGUGUAUCAUUGAGAUAAUAUGAAUAAAUUCCAUUACAGAUACA